UUCUUUUUCAUCUCUACGGCGUGCGUCAGUGAUGUUUCUUUCCUUUGAUUUCUGAUCCUUCUAAACGUAACUUCAAAAUGCUAUUGAAAGUAGUGAAUAUAAAUGGCUUGCAGCACCUGUUCGCCUGCACUGAGGGGCAGCAUGAUGAAACCCUAACUAUUCACGUUUUCCGUCCUCGCGAGAAGUGGACUUACUCCGAGACUUUGAUGAAACGCGAUUACCAGCAGCGUUUGAAAACGCUCAACGCGCGUGUGAAGUUUCCCGAGGAAUUGGUGCGCCAGGUCCUGCUCAACAAGGAUCCAUUGCAUGUCGAACAGGAUUACCAGCACCCAUUGAACGUCCUGAAACUGAAGUAUGCCAUGGCGAAUUUCAAAGUUUUCCUCAAGUGGGAAUGGCACCUGAGACCCAUGGAUGCCGCACAGUUGUAUAGCCAAAUGUUCUUGAACACAAUGUCCACGGCUUUGGGACUACGGGUUCAGAUACCCCUUCUGCUAGGGAUUAUCCAUGCCAAGGACAAGGAGCUGAACCAGUAUCGCACCGAGGGAUGCCAGCUGCGCAAAGUGACUGUGGAAACCAAGCCCUUUGAUCUCGAGGCUUUUAUGAAUAAGCACAAGCAAUUGCUGGACUGUUCCGCUGCCUACCAGAAGGCGCAGAGUACUUUUUUUGCUGAUAAGCCAUCGCCUAAUUGGACAUCGCUUUCUUCGCCAUGGGCACGGGAUGUCGCGCCCUAUUCUUCGUCAAACGGCUACUUUGCUUCUUCGAAGGCAUCAAGCCCAAAAGAAGCUCCUCGCAUUAGGAAGCGCAAGGCUCUUGAAAUCAAUACCAAUCAUAUGGAGCGCAAGGUAAUGCAGCGCCGCUCCAAUCCGCUUGUCGAGUACAAAAGCUCGCAGAGUUCCCAAGAGACAAACGUAAAUUUAAUCUUAAAAGUAGAGCUAGCGCCAAUGGACACCAAGAAUGAUCUCACUGAUGAUGACGAAGAGUCAUCCACAUCUUCGGGGCUUUCCCAAGGAUGGUCGGCCAAACUAACCAAAUUUAAUCCAACCGUCGGAAGUGGUGUAUAUGAACUUGCAUCUCAGGAACAGUAUGCUUCUUCUGAAGAUGAGGAUGCUUCUUCUAAAAAUGGGGAUACUUCUUCUAAAUAUGAGGAUGCUUCUUCUAAAGAUGAGGAUGCUUCUUCCAAAGAUGAGAAUACUUCUUCUAAAGAUGAGGAUGCUCCGUCUAAAGAUGAGGAUACUUCUUCUAAAGAUGAGGAUGCUUCUUCUGAAUAUGAAGAGGUCACUAGGGAGGCAUCGAACGCUUUCAAUUUCGUCAUAAAGAAGGUUGAAUCUUUAAAAGAGUUUUACGAUGCCCCAAGGGAACUCAUCCAAGAACCCAAAGUCGGAAAGUCCGAUCAGAAUUGGGAUUUAAUUCUUCGAACUGUGCUGGAAGAUAUCAAAGCCGUACUGAUUUACUCAACUGAACGCAUCGAAAAAGCGAUCCAGAGCUAUAUCAAUAAGUUAGCGCAAAAAUAAUUUGGAAACGAUCUCAUUCUAAAUGGUGCUACAAGCAAAACUUCACACUUAGUACAUACGUUUUUUUUUUUUGUUUUUUUUUUUUUUUUUUAGAUAAAAACAAGUCCUUAGUGAUAAAAGGAUAAAAUACAUGAUUCCAUUUGUUGAUUAGGUAUUCGUACCUAAGUCCAUCGAACAGCAAUCAAAUGAAACAAAGAACUGUAUAGUGUUGUAGAUAUUAAAAAGACGUCUUAUCAAACACCCUCAGUACACGUACACAAACAAGUUGACAAACACAAAUCCUCAGUGAUAAAAGGAUAAAGACAUGAUUCCAUUUGUUGAUUAGGUAUUCGUACCUAAGUCCAUCGAACAGCAAUCAAAUGAAACAAAACAAUGUAUAGUGUUGUAGAUUUUAAAACGUCUUACCAAAACACCCUCAGUACACAAACAAGUUGAGUUCCAUUGCAUAGAAGCAGCAACUAACUCCUAUCUCUAUGGAACAUAUCGAAUAAUAUUAAAAUUUGUCAAAAUGAUUGCCCGGAAAUUUUCUGGUCAAUUAUCGACCGAUUAGUCAGGGCUUUCCAGCGGUUAUAACCUCCUGAUCAAUGCAUUUUAUGUUAAAUAUUUUUUGGCACGAUUACUAAUAAAAUUGAUAAAAAAAGAAACGUUUGCAGUUUGAAUAAAUAAUCUUUAAAGUUUGCCUUAUCCCAUUUGCUUUAGAAGCUUUCAGCCUUUUCAGGCUGAUCUAGGAUUACAACAGAAGGAUGAAAGACAGCUAGACGAGGCUAGUUUUGGAUCCUGAGUAAUGCUUUCCUGAACCCUGAAUUCCCACAAUAAUGUGUUGUUCCCAUCGGUGGGUCACAACUAUAACUGAUCUACACAUU